AUGAGUGCACUUUUCCCAGAGUUGUAUACAAAGGGUUCCAAGAUAUGGAUCAAACACUCGACAGAUGUCUGGCAAUGUGUUGUCAUUAAAGUUAAUUUCAAUCAAAAAGAAAAAAGUCUUGUUGUGGAGGAUGAAGAGGAACAGGAAAUAACAUUACCGGUGAACGACUUGUCAUGUCUGCCACCCCUGCGGAACCCAGACAUCCUGAUCGGUGCCAACGAUUUGACGAGUUUGUCAUAUCUUCACGAACCCGCAGUGCUGUACAACUUAAGGGUCCGAUUUCUGGAGCAGUCGGCGAUCUACACGUGGUGUGGCAUCGUUUUGGUGGCCAUCAAUCCAUUCUGUGAUCUCGAGAUCUAUGGCGAAGAGACCAUUCAGACGUAUCAUAAAUCUCAAGGCGCGGCACAACUCGACCCUCACAUCUAUGCGGUUGCCGAAGACGCCUUCACUAAGCUGGAAAGGGAUGACAGAAACCAAUCCAUUAUUGUCAGCGGCGAGAGUGGAGCCGGCAAAACUGUUUCGGCUAAGUUUGCGAUGAGAUAUUUUGCAUCCAUUGCUGGAACCGAUUCAUCCAAUAUUGAGAACAGAGUAUUGGCCAGUAAUCCAAUUAUGGAGGCCAUCGGAAAUGCAAAAACCAACAGAAAUGAUAACUCAUCGCGUUUUGAUUUGUUGGAGAUUAACGAAAAUUUAUUUAAAGGGAAAUACAUUCAGAUAUUAUUUGACGGUCAGAGUCGGGCCAUAACGGGUGGAAAUAUGAGGACUUAUUUGUUGGAAAAGUCUCGGGUUUCGCGUCAGAGUGAAGGCGAACGCAAUUUCCAUAUAUUUUAUCAAAUGUGUACUUUUGCACAACAGAAUCGUCUCAAGCAUCUCAAGUUGGACUCCAAUACGGAAUUUGCAUACUUGGCCUCAAUAGAGCCGACCCCUUAUGACGAUAUGAACAGAUUUGUUGAGGCGAUGCAAUGUUUGGGGUUCACAGAGAAGCAACAGAAUCUGGUCUAUAAUGUGAUCGCAUCCGUACUACACGCCGGCAAUAUUGAGUUCACUCGCAUUGAUGACGAGAAGUGCUGUCUUUCCGAUAAUUCUGAAGACCAUUUGCAGACUUUUUGCGAACUUUUAGGUUUGGAUCCGUUGGCCACAAAACAAUGGCUCACACAUCGAGUCCUGAAGACGGGAAUGAGAGAAAUCAUAACAACAACUUUGACGGCAGAGUUGGCCCAAUACGGAAGGGAUGCUCUGUUGAAGUUUGUCUACGAGACUAUGUUUUCAUGGAUUGUCGGUCUCAUCAACAAAGCUCUCGGCCCAACUAACUUAUCAAUUAAUUACCCAUUCAUUGGUGUCCUUGACAUCUACGGGUUUGAACAUUUUGAAACAAAUAGUUUUGAACAGUUUUGUAUCAACUAUGCAAAUGAAGUUCUCCAGCAACAGUUUAAUCAACACGUCUUUAAAUUGGAACAAGAAGAGUAUGUCCGCGAAGGCAUUGAUUGGCAAUUCAUUACUUUCACAGAUAAUCAGCCGGUGAUUGACAUAAUAGAAGCCAAACCUAUCGGCAUAUUAUGUCUUUUGGACGAAGAGUGCAAAAUGCCUAAAGGCACAGACGAGACGUGGGGCGCAAAACUAUACUCGCAGAUUAAAAUUGGGGAUGUCUUCCAGAAACCAAAGUUUGGUUCCAGAAAUUCAUUUAUUAUCCAACACUUCGCUGAUACUGUUGUUUACAACGUCGAGGGUUUUCUGGAGAAGAAUAGAGACACCAUUUGGGACGAACAAAUUGAUUUACUUAAGAGAUCAACAGUUGUGGACACACUGUUCAGUGACGGGUCAUCGGGAGAACCGACUCAAAAAACUGGUGGAAAAAUCAAAAUAACUCCUGUAAUAUAUAAUCACUUGAAUGGACGACAGCAACAACAGUCACAGAAACAGCAAAGACAAGCGAAGGCAACGGUUGGCUCACAAUUCAGAGACUCUUUGGCCGCACUGAUGAAGAUAUUGAACGCUACGGAACCACAUUAUGUCCGCUGUAUUAAACCCAACGAUAAUAAGGCCGCCUUUGAGUUCAAUAACAUCCGAGCCGUACAGCAGUUGAGAGCUUGUGGUGUAUUGGAAACCAUAAGAAUUAGUUCCAAUGGAUUUCCCUCGCGUUGGAGUUAUUCUGACUUUGCAAACAGAUAUCGUGUCCUUCGGAUUGGUUCGCACCGAAAGUUAUCAAAGAGUGGCUCUCAGAGCCAACAAUCAGUAUCUUUUGUGGUCACAUUAGGUCCAGUUCCCAAAGCGGCCCCUCGGAAACUGUUGAGAGCCGGUUCCAGUACUUCCAAUGAAAUCCGAACACUUUGUGAAGAUAUCGUCAAAAUUGUUUAUGAGGAGAAAGUGUUUUCUGCAUUGAGUGGUGAGUCUCCACAGCAAACACAGGCGCAGCAGUUGUUCCAAUUCGGCAAAACCAAGAUCUUCUUCAGGUCGGGUCAGGUCGCUCUUCUCGAGCGCAUCCGAAGUCAGAAACUCAAAGAAUGUGCUAUUCUUUUGCAACGUAUGAUCCGCGGAUGGCUUGUGCGGCGCCGGUAUAUUAAGAUUAGGUUCACAAUAAUGCGAUUGCAAUGCUAUGCCCGAGCAUUCCUCGCCAGAAGACUGUACUUACACUUAAGACGUACCAGAGCUGCCACUCGUAUACAAACCAAAUGGAGGGCUUGGAGUGCGAGACAGAAGUUCUUGACAUUAAAGAGAACUGCUGUUGGGUUACAACAGUACGCACGCGGAGUCAUCGCCAGAAGGAAGUUCCUGAAGAUUAAGGAACAUUUGGCGUCCAUUACUAUACAGAGAUAUUGGAGGGGAUAUGUGGCUCGUAAGGCAUACCUGAAGAGAAUCCGUCGCGUGAUUAUCGUCCAGUCUUUGAUCCGUCGAUUCCUUGCUCGACGACAGCUCAAGAAACUGCGAAUUGAAGCCCGAAGUGUAGAACACGUGACUAAUCUGAACAAAGGUUUGGAGCGAAAGAUCAUUGAAUUGCAGCAAAAAGUGGAUGAUAUGAAUAAUCAACGAAAAGCUUUGAUUCAAAAUGAAAACGAGAUCUCAGAAUAUAAGAGUCAGUUCUCACGGCUUGAGAUCGAGAUAAAGAAUUUGAAGAACGAUUUGAAACAAAAAGAUAUUCAGUUCCAGACGUUAGCGGAUGAGAUGAAUGACUCGAAGAAUGUGAACGAAAAACUCGCGAAAGACGUGGAGAGACACAAAUCAAAGAUAAAUGAGUUGCUCUCGAAUAACGCUCGGAUUCGUCAGGAAAACGAUCCCAAACUGAUCGAAGCCGCGGUCAAAGAGAAGGAGAAACUAUUGAUCACUAAAUACGAGAAAGAGAAGAAGGCUUUGAUCGAUGAACGAGAGAACGAAAGGGCUUCGAGACAACAGUUGCUUCGCAAGUAUAUGGCUCUCGAAGAGAAAUACCAGAGCGGAGGCAGAGGUGAAGACGACGACGAUAGGAGUCCAGACAUAUCGACGGUGUCUCUGAUGAUGAGGUGCAGUGAGUUAGAGCAGGAGUGCGCGAAAUGCAAACAAGAGAACCAAGAGAUGCGGGAAUUGAUUGCCGCGUCGGCCGACUUCGAGGACAACGACAGGGGAGCCUCCCUUUUGGCCCAACAAUGCGCUCAAAUGCAGAUCGAAUUGGAUCGGUAUCGCGAAGAGAGGACUAACCUUAAGACUAUUGUUCUCUCACAAGAAUCCAAUAUUAAAGACGUCAGCGGUGAAAGUGAAUUAAUUUCUGCGUUUAAAGCAAUCAUUAAACAACUCGAGAGUGAACUCGAAGAAACCAAACAAACGAAUCAACAAAUGAAAACUGAAAUGAGUUCACUAAUGAAUGACAACAAUAGACAACAACAACUAAUUGGUAUUAAUAGCGAACCGAUUGCCGUGAAUGGUAGCGGAGAUAUGAUCACUCGAUUCAAACAAGAGAAUACAGUACUGAAGGAAAAGUGCGAGAAAUUAGUUCUGGAGAACAAACAAAUGAGAAUGGAUUUGAUGAGACGAAAGAUACUCGAAAACGAUGACGACGAGUUGGAGAGUCCCAACCAAAACGACUACCAGAAUAUGAAUUAUAUGGGAAUGUUUGAGUAUAAGCAACAAAACGAGUCACUUAUUCUCACAAUUCUGAUUAAUGAUUUGGAGCCGAGUGUUGCCCUCAAAUUCCAGCCCCACAUUCCCGCAUACAUUCUCUUUAUGUGCAUUCGUUUCACUGAUUACAAUAACGAUGACGUUAUGGUCCGAAGUUUUAUGAAUAACACCAUUCUGUCGAUUAAGCGCACAAUUAAGCGAAACACAAACGUCGAGACAUUUAUUCUGUGGCUUUCAAACACUUGCAAAUUAAUCACUUGUUUGAAACAGUUUUCCGGCGAAGAACAGUUCGGCGAGUUUUAUGAGUCCCUUAAAAACUUUGAUUUAAGUGAAUACAGACAGAUGUUCAGCGAUAUCGCCAUUUGGAUUCAUCAGGGGGUUAUUAAACAAUGCGAGGAAAGGAUCCAAAGUCUUAUUGUUCCGGCGAUUCUUGAAUACGAAGGCCUCGCCUCUUCGGGAAUGUAUUCCCAGACAUCGAUUCAGAGGUCCGGCAGUGUUAGUGACGAUACAAACCUCUCUCCCUCUCCAACAGAGAAACCAAUUGAAGCGCUUAUCAAAGAACUGUUUUACUUCAUGUGUUCGAGUUCUUUGAAUAACCUAUUGUUGCGCAAAGACUUAUGCCAUUGGAAUAAAGCGAUGCAAAUUCGGUUCAAUUUAUCGUCAUUAGAGCAGUGGUGUCGCGAACAACAGAUCCCAAAGUGGAACGAAUGCGUCGAGAAGUUAGAGCCCAUCAUUCAGGCCACGAAACUCCUGCAGACCCGCAAGACUGAGGAACACAUCCCUACCAUCGUUGAGAUGUGUAAUAAACUCAGUUCGUCACAAAUCAUCAAAAUCCUGAACCUUUACACCGCCGGCGAUGAGGAGAGGAUUUCCAGUAAUUUCAUCAAAAAAGUUCAAAAACAUUUGGCAGAGCAGAGAAAGACCGAGGGCACAAAUACCACACUAUUAAUGGAUACGAAAUACGCGUUUGCCUUCACAAUACCAUACAUUCCAACGGAUGUCAAACUCCAGAGUAUAGCACUUCCAUCUGUUUUAGUCAAAAAGGGUUUGGCGACUGUCCUCAAGAAGAUAUAGAAUUCCGUUACACUUCACAACACAUUCAAAGUUUAAUUAGAUUUGCCGUAUAUUACAUUCGUUGAGCUUUUUUUUGCAAUUAUUUUAUUUAUUUAUUUAU